AUGGCCACGACCGCGGGUAAACCGACCUUGGCGUCGAAGCCUGGAAACAGCUCCGCGCCCGGUAAUAAUGCAUCUAUUCGCCUCGAAAAAGGUAACCAAGGUGUGAGACGCUCGACACCAGACUCCGAAGCUCUUACCUCCUCCGACGAUGAGUUCGACCAUCAUCAUCUGCACCAGACGCCGACAGCUACUACUGCCCCUCUCCCGAAAUCGGCUCGCCGCACAUCGUGGCUGAAUGAAGUGCCGCUAAGUCUGCCGCGGAGGACUUCUUUGACAACUUCUGGCAAUCUUGCCUCACCCGGCUCGAACCCUCAAACCCCAACUGGGGACCAGCCUGGAUGGGCAACUACUCCAAGCCCCGGCUUGAAUGGUACAAUGCCCUGGGGUCAUGGCAGCCAUGGAAGUCAUGGAGGCAGUUUUCCUUGGGCAACAGGGAUUUGGACCACUGAAGGUCGGAAAGAGCCUCCGACUCGACUUACGGAAUUGAGCCAGUCGCCCACGAUGCCAAAUAUUCCAAGUGCCACGGAAGAAAUUCUCAGUCCUUCGGCACGGUCCAUGGCUGGUGACUCGUCGAUCCCUUUCACCAUUCCUCUCCACCCAACUCCUAAAACAUAUCGAUCGCAGUCUUAUUCUGUAGGCCAACUCGACCCAGAAACUGUCAAGCUGAUGUCAAACAAGGCACCAAGUCAGCACAACGCAUCCCGUGGAAGGGCUGGCAAUCAAUAUGCAGGAAUCCAACACCGUCCGUCACGGCCUAGCUUGCUAGAGGACCUAGGUCAUGAUCCAGCUCUCCUUGGCCGAGUGCGUGAAGACGAGGAUGAUGAAGAUGAAGAAGAAAACAACGUUGACUCAAACGGCGCCCAGGCAUAUGCUGCUAGUCAACAACGUGCCAUUGACCAGUUGACCAGAGAGAAUGCUAUACUGCGGCAAUCAACUCAGUUGGAAAACGCUCGUAUGAGAGAUCGCGCAGCUUCUUCUGCUUCUGCGAACAGCAAUUUCUCGCUGUCCGGCGGUCUUCACAACUUGCACCGGAUCCAUGGUAGCGUCCCUGAAGAGUCUGACCUGGCAGUCGAAGAUUUGGAUGAAUUGGGUGAAAUUCCUCCUGGCUAUGGCGGCAUUCGGAACAGUGGGAGGCGAAGAUUAUCUGAGCAUUCUGUCAACCUCGAGAAACAAUUUACUCCCUUCGGUUCGGUUGAGAAUAGACCGCUGGAGAAUUUAAAACGCACUCACUGGCAGACAUCUCUUGGAUUCGGGAGCAUUGGUGAAUUACCACAGAGUCGACGCCAUUCAUUCGCGGAAAUUCCGACGAGGCAUGGUUCGAUUGGGUCAAUCGGUGAAGCUCAGAUACAUAUGGGAGCUUUGAAUUCUCGUGCAGGCCUUGUUGACAGAGACGAUGGCUACGCUAGUGCUAUUGAGGGCGCCCUACAUACUGCUGCCGAAGCUUCGGUAAUGCCAAGCUCAUUGCAUCAAGCAUACGUGCCUUCAGCCUACGGUCGUCCUCAAGCAGGCUUAGCCCCAACCCAUCAGAACCAGCGUCUAUACAUUGUUACAUUCAAGUGCCAUCGUGCGGAUGUUUUCUACAUCCAGGAAGAUACCGGACUUCAAGUGAAUCCCGGUAACCUUGUGAUUGUUGAAGCAGAUCGCGGGACAGAUCUUGGUACUAUCCAGCAUGCCAAUGUUACUUGGCAGGAAGCUAGAGAACUCAAAGAGAAGUAUGCCGAGGAGCACUAUAAGUGUUUGAUGAUGUUCUCUCGCCAAGCGCAAAAUGGGGCAUCUAAUGUUGUAAACCCCGGCAUGGGUCAUCGCAGUGCCGUUGGUGGCAUGAAUCCAACUGGGGCUCACGGGGCUCAUGAACCUCAGUCUACCGAGAUCAAGCCAAAGUUGAUUAAACGACUCGCCCAGAACCAUGAAAUUCUUACUUUGCGAGACAAAGAGGGCAACGAAGCCAAAGCUAAGCGUGUCUGUCAGCAAAAAGUCGCAGAGCAUAGACUCAAUAUGGAAAUUCUUGACGCAGAGUUCCAGAUGGACUGGAAGAAAUUGACUUUCUAUUAUUUCGCAGACUCCUACAUUAACUUUAAUUCUUUAGUCACGGAUCUAUUCAAAAUAUACAAAACCCGGAUUUGGAUGUCUGCCAUCAACCCAGCCUCGUUUGUCACUCCUACCGGCGGACUACAGCCACCAGGGCCAAAUGCUCUUAGCUAUAACCAGGAUCCGGUGGCCGACCGUCGCCAUGCUCAGGACAGCCGCGUUCUCAAUGUUUCACAGAUGCCACAAUCCACUGCGAACCUCCGUGACCCUGUCGAACGAGCAGACCUAGGCGGUCAUUCAGGCAUGGUUCGUAACGCUUAUAUCGAUCCAUAUCAAGGAUUUGGUUCUGCAAUUCGACACCAUGAACCAGGCUUCGGGCAAAACCUGGCAUCCAACGAUCCGUUCGCAUCUUAUCCAUCAAGUGCAUACUCCCUGUUAGAGUCCUCUAGCCCUGACUAUGUUGGACCAACAUCCCACGGCCAGCAGAUAGAUCCUGCCCAAGGCGACUGGGUUGGAAAUUUCCAAGGAUUAUCGCUGGGGUCAUGA